AGACGUGGGACUAGGUGGACGUCUGGGAGGAUUUAUUAACAACGGAUCGUUUUUUCGAAGCUUCUCUCUUGUGGACCAAACUCUUCUCAUUCAGCUCUCAGUCAUGAAGAAUCGUGGACUCUCCCUCCUGAUGGUCGCAGGUCUCCUGUCCGUCGUCGAUCUUCAGUCGGAUCAAACCAUUCAGCAGUUCCGCUACGUUGGCCUGAUGAAGAACUGGAACGAUGCUCAGGCCUACUGCAGGGAGAGGUUCUCUGACCUCGCCACCAUCCAGAACCCUGCCAACAACACUGAAGCCCGGCGGGCGGCAGGAAGCUCCAAGUUCUGGAUCGGACUCUUCAACGGCACCUGGAAGUGGUCCCAGGAUGAAAACGAGCUUAUUCCCACCAGCAGUUCGUACUCCAACUGGAACUUCGGCGAGCCGCAGGACUGGCAGUGCGUGCUGAUGAGUAAAAGCGGGUACUGGUUCUCCAAGGACUGUGGAGAACUGCAUGAGUUUCUGUGCUAUGAUGCUCCGUUAUUACGUAACGUCCUGGUGAAGCAGAAGAUGAGCUGGUCGGAUGCCCAGUCUUACUGCAGGUCCACAUACACAGACCUGAGCUCCAUCAGAUCUUCUAUAGAGAACACCGCGAUGUAUGUUAUACUCUGGGGUCUUCCAUUUGGAUCUUCCUCAUGGAUUGGUCUGCACAGAUCUGACUGGGUCUGGUCAGAUGGCAGCAUCUCCUCCUACACGGCUUUGGGCCUCCAGCGGUCUCCAGAGCAGGCGAACUGCGUC